AUGAGUCACCAGUUCCUAAAGCUUCAGGUGAACCCGAAGCCACUCCGAUAUGAGGACCCGCCAUUUCCUUCCUUGUACUGGCCCUUCCCAGUGGACGGGCUACAAAACAACUACUUAUACAAUGCGGAGCCCAUGUGGCGGUUCACAUUAUACUGGUCACUGGUCUGCGUGGGCGGAGUGCACUUGAUCGCCGGUGCUUACGCUUGUGCCGUACAGCGUCGCAACUGGAAGCUGAUAUGGAUCACGCCAAUACUUUACACGGCCAUAGGCACCAUUGAAGCACUGAUUGCAGGGAACGCAGUUGGUGGGCUACUUGCAGCUGUCUACACUGCGGGCUUCUUCAGGAUGUCCACCUGGAUACCUCUUACUUGGGGCAUCAUAAACGCAUUGGUACUGAUUCUGUCAUCAUUCGCGAUACAAGGAGGUCUUUGA